CAUUGACUUUGCAUGUUGUGUGCCGUUAAGUUGUGUUUUAUAAAACAUUCCGAAAUAUUAUGUUCAUGGAAAUGUUCUUGGAAUUGUCAUUGUAUUGAGAUAGGUAAUGCAGUGACAUCCGGCAACAGUUUAUACGGAGUAUUUAUAACAAUCAUAUGGAGAUAUACACAUUUAACUAAAUCAUACUAAUAUAUAAAUAUGUUUGGAAGUAAUGAAAUUUUCGUGGAAUUUUAGACUUAUCUUCAUUGUGUGGAUUUACAUUUCUGCACUAUCAGGAAAAAUAUCACACACUAGCUAAAAACAAAAUAAGAAUACAUUUAAAGAUCAAUAUAUCAUCAACAUACAUAUGUGUGGAAUACAAUGAAAAUAUCCGAAAAUGCCUCCACCUUUCCACUCGGAGCGUGUCUUCAUCGCAAUAGUUGUAAUUGUUGGAUUAACGGCCAGUUCUUCGGAGCGAUUGUCUGCCCGGCAGGACGGCGACAUUAUCCUUGGAGCCUUGUUUCCGGUCCACCAGUCGCCGCACGACACAAGCCGCUACACGCGGUCGUGCGGUGAAAUCUGGGAGCAGUACGGCAUUCACCGUACAGAGAUAUUCUUUCGGACUCUCAACGAUAUCAACAACGACCCUCACAUACUCCCCAACGUGACGUUAGGCUGGGACGUCCGGGAUUCCUGCUGGUACUCGCCGAUAGCCCUCGAGGAAAGCAUAGACUUCAUCAAGAACUCAAUAACCAGCGAUGACGCCGGAAGGGGUAAUCACAGCCUAGCGACAUGCGGACCAAAAUGGAAGGACAAGCCUAUAGCGGGACUGAUUGGACCUGGCUCCAGUCAGAACACGAUUCAUAUCCAGAACAUGCUGCAGAUAUUCCACAUUCCACAGAUCGGCUACUCGGCCACCAGUAAUGACCUGAGCAACAAGAACCUGUAUAAGUACUUCCUACGCGUCGUGCCCUCGGACACGUACCAGGCUCAGGCGAUGCUGGAUGUCGUCCUUAGAUACAACUGGACAUUCAUACACACCGUGCACUCAGCAGGUAAUUACGGAGAACGCGGCAUCGAGGUGUUCAAAAACCUGGCAAAAACCAAAGGAGUUUGCAUAGCAGAGUCGUUAGCCGCCCCUUCCGUUGAUGAAGAGGCAGCUUACGACAGCAUCAUUAACACGCUACUGAAGCGGGAACGUGCGCGCGUCAUCGUCUGCUUCUGUGAAGGUCGCACUGCCAGACUGCUGAUGAUGGCCAUGAAGAAGGAACCCAAAGCCAUGGGAAAGUUCCAGAUCGUCGCCAGCGACGGUUGGGCUGAUCGUCCCGACGUUGUUGCGGGCAUAGAAGAGGUUGCCAUGGGGUCAAUAACCAUGAAGUUACGAUCAAACAUUGUGGCUAACUUCGAUUCAUACAUGCAGUCCCUGCGACCGGAAAGUAACAGCCGCAACCCCUGGUUUGCGGAGUACUGGCAAUGGAAGUUUGACUGCCGACUGACAUCUUUAGCACAGGAGCACCAAGACACUUCCAAAUUUAUCAAUUGCACCGGAGACGAACGACUGACGGAAGUCGUUCAAGAUGCGAAGCUAGCUUUCGUCAUCAAGGCAGUGUACGCCAUGGCGCAUGCGCUGCAUAACAUGCACAUACAUCUAUGCGGGGAAAACACGGGUCUGUGCAGCAAAAUGGCGCCACUUGAUGGUAGUAUGUUUCUAGACUAUCUCCACAACGUUUCCUUUCAAUUUGACGGCGAGGAAGUAUUCUUUGACGCAAACGGGGACCCACCACCAAGGUAUUACAUCGUGAACUAUAGUAAGCGUCUUGACAGGGUGGGCAAUGUAACGUACAAAUACGAGGUGAUCGGAAAGUGGAACAGUGGACAACUGGACAUAUAUUGGCCGGACCACGGACAGAUAAUGAAAUCCACGUGCAGUGACGAAUGCGACAGAGGUCAUGUCAAGAAAAUUCACGGGAAUCUUCCCUGUUGUUGGAUGUGUCAGCGUUGUCUCGAGAACGAGAUUCUCUUCAACAGCGAGACCUGUAAACCAUGUGACCAGGGCAUGUGGCCCAACGAAAACCUUACAGAGUGCGUAAUGAUUACAAUCGAGUACAUCAACUGGUGGGACACAGAGGCCAUGGUUGCCCUUAUAACAGCGUGCUUCGGUAUCUUCGUCACCAUCUGGAUCGGAAUCGUUUUCAUUCGACACAACAACACUCCCGUUGUCAAGGCGUCUACCAGAGAACUCAUGUAUAUAAUACUGAUAGGAGUCCUGACGGCGUUCUGUAGCAAUUUCGUUAUUGUCUCGCGGCCAAGUCUCGUCACGUGCUAUUUCACGAGAAUUCUACCGGGAUUGUCGUUUUCCCUGAUAUACGGAGCACUGGUGACAAAAACUAAUCGCAUAGCGCGGAUACUCGAAGGGACGAAGAAAAUAAUUACCAAAAAGCCGAGAUUUAUGAGCGCCUCGGCACAAGUCAUCAUUACUUGCAUUAUCAUCGGCGUCGAGUGCGCGAUCAUCACCGUAAUGCUUGUCAUCGAGCCGGCGGAUUCCAAGCUUGACUAUCCUGAGCCACGAAGGGUGAAACUAAUUUGCAAUACGACCAGCAUGGGAAUCAUAGUUCCGCUCGGCUUUGAUCUCGUUCUCAUCGCCUUGUGCACCCUGUAUGCAAUUAAGACCCGCAAUCUUCCGGAGAAUUUCAACGAGGCGAAAUUUAUUGGCUUCUCUAUGUACACGACGUGCGUCAUAUGGCUCGGAUUCCUUGCGAUAUAUUUCGGCAGCGAGCGGAAGGUCAUCACGAUGUCAGUGUCCGUGUCGUUGAGUGCGUACGUGGCCCUCUUGCUGCUGUUCUUUCCGAAGGUGUACAUUAUUGUUUGGGCUCCCGAGAAGAACACUCGCAGUGCGUUCACCACAUCGAAAGAUGUCCGAUGUCACAUUGGGUCAAUUUCUUGCGCAUCGGGAGAUAGCAUUGAUCUAAUUCGAGAUGUGCGACAGAUAGACGGCAGAACGAUUCCGGGCGGUCGACGGCGUGUCAGCUUCUUCCAACGUCUGCGGUACGGAGGAACGUCACAGGGCCGACGAACCACACACUACACAUUCCAGAGUUCGCGUUCACUUAAGCAGGAAAGAGAGCGAGAACAAACCAGCAAACUUUCCAGAGACAAUUCAUUCCACGUGUCGACCGCAAUCGCUAAGUCGUGCGGAAAGUUCAACUGGGCGAAAAUGGCUGCAGCUGGUACGUCCGAGGAAGAUCGAUUGAGUACCAUCAGUUCAAAAGACGGCUCAGAUGAAUUGAAACGGAAGCAGUCAUCUUCUCAUCGUCGAGACGCCGCCUGUCAAACUGAUGUAGAGCUGUUAGACAGUAUAGUUAAUUUGCCGUAUUUAACUAGGAAGAAGAGCCAACGGAUUCAACGAACGCGUGCUAUAGAUGAAGAUUACGCUACCAUAAAAUUCAGUCCGAAUAAUAGUAUGAAAGUACGCUUUAAUAAACGGUUGUCACUAGAUCCGCCACUUAAUUGCGAGUUUCGUCGGCGCAAAGUUGAUGGGAACAAAGCUAAAGUAAAGUGUGUCGGUCGAGCAGAAGGAAAUGCAACAGGAUGGGGCGAAAGCAGACAGGGAGAUGUGGAAAGCGGAAAUAUCGUUAGAGGGGAGGUUCGCAGUGGAGGAAGUAGUGGUGAGUCAAGAGCUGCGCUGUUUCCCGGUUAUUCAGACAGUCCUAUAUCGACAUCAGAUGACAUCGAAAACGAAGAAGAUUUUGAGUAUUACGAUAGUAUUUCUGACUUGAUUAAGGCGCAUACAAUCGAUCCUACUAGUUACGUUGACAAAUCGAAAAUAUGUGUGAACGAUAAAGCAAUGUCAACGUACCUGAACCCACUGGGAAACCGGUAUCUUAGUUCAUCCGUUGAAUCAGAAGUUGAUCCUAAAACGCUUGGACGAGAUAUUCGAUCACUGGACGGAUCAAACACGCCUGAACACACUGAAAGAGCGUAUCUAGUCGUUGAAAAUCAAGUUAAAGGAGGCGUAAAUACAAACAAAGCGACUUCAACAGAAGUGUAUUCCAACAAUUCAACAUUCCAUAACUUAAGUGAGGACGGAAAUAGCAGCCGAACACCACAUACAGGCGUUAUAAUUAAUUCUAAAGCCUCUCGUCAAAGACAUUCCUUAUGCAGCGUUUCACCCAGCAUGGUUUCCAACUCAACUAGUCUUGCAGGCAUGAAACGACGCUCGUCUAACCCUGCCGUUUCAAACCUCUCAUCAUAUUCAUUAAACCUACCGCUUACAAACGCGGUUAAUUCAUACAGCGAUAUAGCAAACCGAAAAUUAGAGGCACUUUCUCCGGAAAGUCGGUGCAUUAAAAACGAGGACAGUAUAUCUAGCUCCUGUUUUCGGAGUGACGAGUCGCGACAGACUAUGGUAAACAGCGCCGUCUCAGAGGCCAGUGAAGUCACAACGUCCGGUUUUGUGAGCACGUGUGAUAAAGAAGAAAAGAGCAUGCUAGAAUUCCAAUCCUUUUUGCGUGAACGAGGUCUUGAACUAGAUAUGAAUUGUAUUGAAACUAGUGAAGUUUAGUGAUCAGAUACAAAAUGAUUAUAUUUUUGCAAUCGUACAUUUUUAUUUUAACGCAAUUCAUGCAUAUUUUAUAAACGAUUUAGCAUCAUAUUGAGAACAAUACUUAUGCCAUUAUCGAACAUUGAACGUUCCAAUGUCCACAUAUAAUUUUAAAAGAUCUCUUAAGGAAUAAUACGAAAAAGCGCAUCUUAAAUGCUUGUAUUUCUAUAAAGACUAUUUUGUUUUGUUACAUCUAGAAUUGUAUGUAUGAUUCGCGAAAAACAUAAUUAAUAGUAUACGAUAACAAGCAAACGGGUUUCAUUCUGAAUGUUUUUAAGAAAGCAUUUGUACGCCAUGUGUUUCAGUAAAUACGGAAACAACAAUUAAAUUGCAAACAUUAUUCGUCCUUAGUGUAUAAUAUUCGAAUUUUUUUAAUUUCUUCAAAAUAACUCAAAGACAAUUAGUAUACGGACGGUGACAUAAUGCCAUUACACUAUAUAGUGCAUGUUAUAAACAGUUUAACGAUUUUUCUGACUGUUGUUUAAGUUACUUUGACAUUAAAGCCCCAUGAAAACAGUACAUUUUCAAGAUCACUUGUAGGAACACGAAUCUAAGCAUAACAAGAUGAUAUGUAUAAGUGUAUAGGUAUUUUUAUUCUAUAUUCAAUAAAUUCAUCCAAUC